AUGCUGGCUACCUAUGCUGGACUGCCAUUUUGGUUCGAGCCGGCCCGCAAAUCAAUUCACUUGGGCGAAAAAAACGGUUGGGUUCGGGCCAUCACCUUCGUCGCGGCAUGGAUCAACGAGAACAUUUCGACCGUCGUCGCUGUUUUGAUGCUACUCCGUGCACUCAGCGGUUCACAGACUGCGACGAUGAGGGUCAAGACGUGGGCACCUUAG